AUGAGAAUAUCACCUAAACUAAUAAGACAAGCCCGUCAAAUCAAUAACCUCCUACCGCCGUUGUUAUAUCCCAAUAGAUCUUUAGAACAAGCCCAACUAGAACUAAAAUGGAUCACUGAAGAACUUCCCCCAAAUCAAUGGGUUCAAGCAGUCAAGCGUAGAAGUUUAUACGAACCAUUGCAAUAUAUCCUAGGAAGCCAACCAUUCGGUGAUUUGGAUAUUCUUUGUAGACCUGGUGUACUUAUACCGAGAUGGGAGACAGAAGAGUGGGUAAAGAGACUUUGCAACAGUUUACUGGGUCAACAAUAUAAAAUCCUUGACGUUUGUACUGGAUCAGGAUGUAUCCCAAUACUUAUGGAUCAUUUACUAAAACAGCGAGGGAUUGAUAGCAACAUUGAAGCAUUUGAUAUUUCCCCUAUCGCAGUAGAAUUGGCUCAGGAGAACGCUAAACUCAACCAAUCAUCGAUAAGUUUCACCCAGAAUAACCUUUUCCGAGUGAGAGAUUUAGGGAAAUAUGAUAUCAUAGUCUCCAAUCCUCCAUAUAUAACCAAAGAUGAGUAUGCGACCAUUGGAAAAUCAGUCAAAUUGUAUGAACCCCAAUUAGCAUUGAUAGGAGAAACUGAGUUCUACGAAGCCCUUGUACAUAACGUAGUCAUUCCAAGUGAGUGUCAUAGUUUUGUUUUCGAAUUGGGGAAUCAAUCUCAAGCUGAUAUUGUCCAGUCCCUUUUACCUCACUGGAACAUUGGAACCAUGAAGGAUUCCCAAGAGAAUUUAAGAUGUGUUAUAGGGAGUAAGGAUAAAUCAUUUAUGACGUUAUGCAAUUAA